AUGGUUGACUCCCAAGUCUCUCCGGUUACUGAGGUCUUUCCCAAUACGCAAGAAUCUCACGAGAACCAACCUACAGCAGUGGAAGAAUCUUUCAUAUCCCCAACUACUACAUCCCAGCGCAAAAGAAAGUCUAUACCAAAAGAACGAGGUGCUGCAGUAGUAGAAGAAAUUAAGAAAGGCCGAAUUGAAAGAACCAAGUUGAUGAAAGAGUUGCUAGACUUAAUAUUAAAACAUUGUUUUUUUAGAUUUCCAAAUGAUCCAACCACUCGUUUACAGUGGACACAUUUUUGUAAAUUAUCUGCAGAAGAUAAUGAAGAAAUCUCAAAAUUAAGGAUCUGCUCUCUUCAUUUUAAACCUGAUGAUUACAUUGAACCUAAUGCAAAAUCAAAAGGAAGAAGAAUGGUCUUCAAAGGUGCAGCAGUGCCAUCCACUUUUCAGCCUUCCUCGUCAAGUUUAAAGGCAUCCGCUUCUCCAUUACCACUUCCAACAGUUUCACAAGAGAGUGGAAUUGAUCAAACAUGUAAUACCGAGGGUAAUAUCUCUCAGUUUCCAACAGUUUUACAGCCGAGUGGGCUUCAAGCAAAGCCGAUGGAACAAUGUGAUAUGAAUAAAGAUGACAAAGAGAACAGAGGUAAUACCGAGGGUAAUACCUCUCAGUUUCCAACAGUUUUGCAGCAGCUUUUGAGUGGGCUCCAAGCACAACAGUUGAUGGAACAAUGUGAUAUGAAUAAGGAGCUUGAUGAGAACAGAGAGGCUAAUACCCCUAUUCUACGUAAGAAAAGAAAAUUUGCAGAACCGAGAUUUAUUUCUGAAAUAAGGAUCCCAGAUGUGGCCACUCCACGAAAAGCUAGAAGAGUUUUAACCUUAGUUAGGGAAACGGACAGAAAAAAGUCUAGGAAAAUUAAGAACUUACAGGACAAAAACAGAUAUCUUCUUAAAAAAACUGCUUCACUAGAAGAAUUGGUAUCACAUUUACAAAAAAGGGGUUUCAUGACAGAAGAAGCUGGAAAUACCUUAUUGGUAAAUAUCAAAAAAAUAUCAGAUAUACUUUAUGCCUAAAACUCUAUCCAAUAACUUUAUUUACUAAUCUUAUUUACUUCAUUAAAAGAAAAAUUUAGGUCUAUUAUAUAAGGUUGAUUUUGGAUGGCGGCUACUCCUUACCAUUUACAACUGUGACCCCAUGAGAGAAAAUGUUUAGAAAAAUCAGGACUACAUUUUCUUUCAUUGCGGUAAAGUCAUCUGAGUUCAUUUAGGGGGUGAAAAAAAGGGAUUCUAAAACUUUUUUUUUAAUUUAACCUCCUUUUUUAAUCAUUUGCUGAACAAUUUAUCUUAUAAGGUUAAGGUUGUAAAUGGUAAGGGGU